AUGCCUCCCUCGCCUCAACGCGCCCAGCCGCAUCGUCUGCCGUGCCCUGUCGUAAAGAAACAUAAAGAAUUGCAUGGCUUAUACUUUGCCUCCUCAUCCGUGGAGCCCGUGCAGACCGAGGUCCUCACGAUCUUCCCCCCGGUCGAAAACUCGCUCUCCAAACGUUUCCCUUUGUUCGAAACCAUCCUCGGAACUAUGUAUCCCAUCCACGAGUGCCGCGUCCGCGUCGACGGCGGCGGCCGGCACACCCAAAUCGACUUUCUCGUCGCCUUCCAGGAGAGGCCCGACCUGCCCCCGAACGCAGCCAUAUCUCGUCUUGUGCCCCACGCAUCGGUCUGCGCCGAGAUCGUCGUCAUGCGCUCCGGCGCGCGUUACCUCGUUCUCGACAUGGGCGGGCAUGGGCCUUCCGAGGCGGCCAAACGAGCUGUUCGCAAGUUCAUCCUUCAAUAUGUCGCUCAUCAUGCACAAUAUCGCGGGAAACGAAGGGUCCCUCCGCUACCCACCGCCAUCGGCUUCGAUUGA